UAAUGAUAUCAUGCAAAAGCAUGCAGAGGGCGGUGAGGAUGGUUUGUUUAAGAUAAUGCCCAGUGGCUGUGUUGAUGCAAUAACGGUGUACUGUGAUCAGAGUACUGGCGUCGGUGGUUGGAUGUUGGUUCAGCAGCGCAUGGAUGAAACAGUCAACUUCAACCAGUCGUGGGACAAGUACAAAAGGGGAUUUGGUCGCCUGGAUGAUGAAGGCCGAGGGAAUAUCUGGCUGGGAAAUGAUGUCCUUCACCUACUCACGGCAAAGGAAACCUCCCUUCGGAUUGAGCUGGAGGACUGGUCUGGAAACAGGACGUACGCUGAGUAUAUCGUCAACGUAGGUUCUGAAUCAGAAAACUACACGUUGAACAUCACGAGUUACACUGGGAAUGCAGGGGAUGCUUUAAUAAGUGGCUUAUUUAUGGAUACUGCAUACACCUCCCAUGCAAACAUGAAAUUCAGUACUUUUGACAGAGACAAUGAUAACUGGGAGGAGAACUGUGCACAGUUUUAUGGCGGUGGUUGGUGGUAUAAUAACUGCCAGGCCGCUAAUCUAAAUGGGAUUUAUUACCAUGGUGGGCCUUAUGAUCCUCGCGAUAAUGUGCCAUACGAGAUAGAAAAUGGCGUCAUCUGGGAUCCUUUUAAGGGUAUAGACUAUUCUCUUAAAGUGGUGAAGAUGAAAAUUCGACCAAUUACUUCAGUUUAGGCAGAGUUUCUGUUCAUAUUGGUAUAAAUGUUGUGACAAAUAUUAUGCUUGUCGUGGCUUCAACAUAAAUCUACCUCUUUGGAUAAAUUUGUUUUGUAAUGCCUCAAUCCUUGCGAAAAACUGUUGGAGAUUUCCAAAAGAUAUUGAACAAAUAGGUGAUGAUCAUGUUUCAUGUAAUCGUCAAUCACGAGCAAAAAUCAUCCUCAUAUAUUCAUUUUUCAUUCAAUUGUGUAUAACUAAAUAAAAAUGAAAGUGAAAUUAUG